UUCUAUACUCUUGCCAUUUCUAUUAUCAACGCUAAAAUAGGUUUAGAUACACUUCAGUGUUCAUUUCAACAUUACUAUCCAACAUGUCAUAAGUCAUAGAAUUCAAUUUGCCCUUAGAGAAUAAUAUUAGGAAUUGCCCUUACUUUUUAGGUUUUAGCUGUUAAUGUCACACGACAAGACUCACCUCUUCCUCUCCGCUCCACCUCUCCACCUUUUACUUCAAUAUAUAUGUGGCUUAUUAGAUAUUUAAGUAUUCCAUGAGAACUAGAAACAGUUCUAAAUGCAGGUAGAGUUGUUCAAGCACCCUCAUCUUUUAGUUCUGCAAAUAAACAACUCCAUAUAUAAACUUCCGGGUGGCCGUGCGCGAUUUGGUGAAUCAGAUAUUGACUGUUUGAAACGCAAGCUACUGAGCAAGUUAUGUGUUGGUGAAGAAAGUCAUGGACCUGAAUGGGAGAUUGGCGAAUGUCUGGGAAUGUGGUGGAGACCAGAUUUUGAAACGUUGCUUUAUCCAUAUUUGCCUCCAAACAUAAAAAGGCCUAAGGAGUGCUCAAAACUCUUUCUCAUCAGGCUGCCAGCAAGUCGGAGAUUCACUGUACCAAAGAACUUCAAACUUCUUGCAGUUCCAUUGUGCCAAAUUCAUGGAAAUCAGGAGACUUAUGGACCAGUAAUAUCAGGAGUUCCACAGCUACUAUCCAAGUUCUCCUUCAACAUUGUAGAACCCUGAAAACAAAGAGCAUUAGAUGCCAAUAGAGUACUGGGUUGAUGUAAGAAGCAAAGUUCUAUAUAGUUCAAUACGACUUUGAUGUAUUAGUAUACAAAAAUGGAUCUAUGUACAAAGUUAUUACUUAGUGAGAAAUUUUCUUUAUUUUCAUCCAUAAUGUAAAUUUCACGUUCUGGUUUGAAUUUCGUUUAUCUAUAGGUUUUUCCA